CUUGUGUGUAGAUAUUCAACGUCAUCAUUCACAACAACGACACCCUGACGACCUACAUACUCCAAUUGACCCUACAACUCACACGCCCCGAUCCGAUCCAUAGACAAUAGAUUCAUCCCACAUCCCACCCACCUCACCACCGCCAGAGCACAACAUCCCCCCCUCCGUCCACCGGAACAACCAAACAAACACACAAUGCUCAUAAUAGGCCUAACCGGCUCCAUCGCAACCGGCAAAUCCACCGUCUCGGCCCUCCUCUCCUCACCCCCGUACUCCCUCCCCAUAAUCGACGCAGACCUCCUCGCCCGCCAGGUCGUCGAACCAGGCACGCCCGCCUACAAAGCAAUAGUCAACUACUUCGGCCCCAGCACGCCCGACCUCCUCCUCCCUUCGUCAGAAAAUGGUUCAACGGGCUCACAACGACCACUAAACCGCCCGGCCCUCGGCCGGCGCGUCUUCGGAACCAGCGAGGAGCGCAAGCGCGACCGCAUGAUCCUCAACAAGAUCGUGCACCCCGCGGUGCGGUGGGAGAUCUACAAGGCGCUGAUGUACUACUAUGUGCGCGGCCACUGGGCGGUGGUGCUUGAUGUGCCGCUGUUGUUCGAGAGUGGGAUGGAUUUGAUCUGUGGGACGGUGGUAGUUGUGGGCGUGAGGGAUCCGGCGGUGCAGAUGGCAAGGCUGCGCGCGCGGGAUCCGCAUUUGUCGGCUGAGGAUGCGGAGAAUAGGGUGAGAAGUCAGGGGAUGUGCGUGGGAAGGGUCGGCGAGGGGGUUAUUGUGUGGAAUGAUGGGGAUAAGGCGGAUCUGGAGAGGGAGGUCUGUAAGGCGAUGGAGACGAUUAAGGCAUCGAGCCCGAAGUGGUGGGCGUGGGUUCUGUUGCUGGCACCACCGUUGGGUGUAGGCAUCGCGGCUUGGAAUCUGGCAGUGAAUUUCGCGACGCAAAAGAGCUGGCAGAAGAAAGAGAGGGAAGAGAAGGCCAAGUUAUGAUUUAGAACAGGGUGAUCGGCUAGUCUACAGGGUUAUUGAUUUGUAAACGACUGCGGGAUUGAAAGCAAGCCCCAGGGAUCUGUGCGACGUUCUAGAGGGAACUAUAGACUCUGUAAUACAAAUAGUUGGAUUGAGCAAACGCAUGUUUCGAGAAA